AUUUCAGGAAGCGUAUUAGAGAGAUGUAACAAUGUGUUAACUUUUUGAGGUUGUUUAGGUAUUAAGAAAGUGAUGUCAUAAUCUUAACUGAAUAAAAACCCAAAAAUACUGUCACAUCUUCUUCACCUGUCAGAGGGUCAAAGGGCAAGAGACAAGGUCAGGUGGCCUUCCACACACUAGAUUUUCCCCAGCUCAGACCCUGGCUCUUCAGGUCACUUGUGUGGGGUCCAGGGAGCUCUUCUCAUAUGCAAGGUUAUAGGAACUUCAGAGAAAAAAAAAAUGCCUUCAAAAGGAGCUGAAUCUUUUUAAUGGUGACCUGUUAGCCUGGUCCAUCCAUUCUUCAGAAGGCCAGCGUUUUCUUACAACCUUUGCCACUGGCAUAUUUUAUGUAUCCCUUAAGGUAAGAGGUUUUAAAAUGUCCAGAAACUAGAGAAGCCAAGUGGCAUGUCGUUUUGAGCCGGCUUUUUAGCGUUUCCUUUUAGGCAGAGAAGAGAGAAGUCAGAAAAAGAAGCCAGUGGAACAAGAAGGGAACAGAAAGUGUGUCUGUGGUUGAGUCUUGCCGAGCACCACUGUCAAGCUGAGAUAAACGCACGUCAUUAGUUUGAUAGACUGAACUGAUUUCACAGCAGAAGUUACACGAGUUGGGGAAAUUGGGCAGGGCAGGAAGAGUGGAGGCUAGAGAUGGCCUUCCUGGAGGACUACAUCUGCUCCUGACAAGAGAGAUACAGAGCAAGACAGCUAGCUGGAAGGAGCCACUACUGAAGGCAGGGAUGAACUGUGAGGUGUUUAAAAUAGAGGUGCUAAUGAAUGGAAGAAAACACUUUGUUGAGAAAAGGUACAGCGAGUUCCACGCCUUGCACAAAAAGCUUAAGAAAUGUAUAAAGACUCCAGAAAUCCCUUCUAAGCACGUCAGGAACUGGGUCCCCAAAGUCCUGGAGCAGCGACGGCAAGGCCUGGAAACAUAUUUACAGGCUGUCAUUUUGGAAAACGAAGAACUUCCCAAACUCUUCCUUGAUUUCCUCAACGUGAGACACUUGCCCUCUCUCCCAAAGGCAGAAAGCUGUGGAUCUUUUGAUGAGACGGAAUCUGAGGAGUCGAGCAAGCUGUCCCACCAGCCGGUGCUGCUGUUCCUCGGGGAUCCAUACGUCUUGCCUGCAGCCAGCGAUUUCCCAAAUGUGGUCAUCGAAGGGGUUCUUCAUGGAAUAUUUUACUCUCACCUGCAGCCCAGGUAGAGACCCCACCCGACCGGAAGAAGCCGAAGCGAGCUUCAGUGUCAAGGGCAAGAAAAUCGAUCUCUCUACCAACUUAACCGGAACUCCAUGACACAUAGCUCUAGCUAGUGGGGAAAUUCACAGUCCUAGCUUCCUUCAGAACAGGGACAUUUCUAUUAGAAUGGUGCUUUUAAAAUUAGAAACUGAACCAGGCCAGCGUCAAGCGUCAGUUCAAGGCUAAUGGUUAGAGUGAAAGGGAGACUCCAACGUGGGAAGUCAGGACGAGGAGGCCACCGUGGAGCACAGUGGACACUCAGGAGCACCGAGUGGCACCAGACAGAGGCAGCCGCUGCCCCAGUUGAACCGUUUGCUGAUUGGAAAUCAGAUCCGGCGUCAUGCUGACACUGAACAACUUUGGUGGCCUUCUGUUCAGACCCUGACAACACCCGUCUUUACACCAUGAGAUUUUCUCAGCAGGGGAUACUGUAUUCAGGGGUGUUGGCACCAGAGGAGAGUCCUGGGACCCACUGUGCUCAGUGUGAGGAAAAAGCCAGACUGGAAAUUCAGUUAUGCUGGCAGUAGAAUGCAUUGAAGGACAGAAUGCAUUUUAGUUUCCUUUGCCGUGGGUUCCCUCCCACCAACAGGUUAACUUGCAGCAUCAGUGCUUGAGAUGAAAUGGGGUGUUGGCACAAUCCUGGAGAGUCCUCUGGAAAGACGCUAUACCGGAAGUCUGGCCUCCCAUUUUUUCCCUCUAGUAUUGGAAAGUCUGAGUGCUCCUCUGAAGACCAGCUGGCGCCCUGGUGAAGUCCCAGAGGCCAUUACGUAUAGAAAGUACACACUUUACACACUAGAGUCACACUGCGAAGCCCUUGUGCCGGCGGGAGUCAGAUUGAGUGGAAAGUGGUUGCAGCAGGAGCAGGUGGACUGUUUGUGUCUGGGUUUCCUCCAUGGUGUGCAUUCACAGUAUUGCCACAGGCUUCCGUGUGGCGGUUCUCCUCACUGACACCAUGUAUGGAUUGAUGUGAUUUAGAUGUCUGAUGCUGUCUCUCCACUGGAUGUCACACAGAUGGUCAUCUUUUGCAUAGUGACAGAGCAGGAGUGUAUGUCCUACCUGUGAAUAUGUGCUGAUGAACAGCCUACUUGUGGUUAUGAAUUUUCAUAAAUUUAAAUGUUGGAGAAGAUAUUUACAAUUGAAAGUACCAUGUCAUGAAUUUUUUAUUAGAGUCUAAACCUACAGAUUGAAAGCCUGCUGCAAACUUUUAAAGAUACGUUUUUAUGAUUGAUUGUGUAAUUAUAGUAGAAAUAAAGUAAUCAAGUGAAAACUAAA